ACGCGUUUUACGUCACAGAUCAAAACCAAAACAUCUGUUGGCAAGACAACAGGUAGUUAGCCACCUAGCUACCUAGCUAGCCACAUCACAAGAAACCGUUAAUUCUUCAAAUUGAAAACGCCGUCGCUUCGCUUCCGCGUGGUGAAACUGUAACGUCACCGUCCGUCCCGGUGCGUCGGAUCUGAGCGUCAGGAUCGGGAAGCAAAGCGACGGCGGUGCAGCCCGGGGGACAAAAUGCCAGAAAGCCCCGAGAAAAUCUCCUCGGCGUCGGCCCAGGAGCUGAAGGAGCAGGGGAACCGGCUCUUCCUGAACCGCAAGUACCUGGAGGCCGCCGCCUGCUACGGCAACGCCAUAAGCCACAGUCCGUCUGUCCCGGCGUACUACACCAACCGAGCGCUGUGCUACGUGAAGCUGCAGCAGCACGACAAAGCUCUGGCGGACUGCCGACACGCGCUGGAGCUCGACGGCCAGUCGGUCAAAGCUCACUUCUUCAUGGGUCAGUGCCACCUGGAGAUGGAGAGCUACGACGAGGCCAUCGGAAACCUGCAGAAAGCCUAUAACCUGGCGAAGGAGCAGCGUCUGAACUUCGGUGACGACAUCCCCAGCGCCCUGCGGAUCGCUAAGAAGCAGCGUUGGAACAACAUGGAGGAGAGGAGGACCAACCAGGAGAGCGAGCUGCACGCCUACCUCACCAAACUCAUCCUCGCCGAGAAGAAGAGAGAAGUGGAGGGCAGCAGACAGAAAGAAGACGACAACGACGACAGCAGAAUUCAACACAAUCCAAACAAGAUUCACACAAAACACGACAAGUAUCUGUCAGACAUGGAGGAGCUCUUCUGUCAAGUGGACGAGAAGAGGAAGAAGCGGGAGAUCCCCGACUUCCUGUGUGGGAAGAUCAGCUUUGAGUUGAUGAGAGAGCCGUGCAUCACGCCCAGCGGAGUCACCUACGACAGGAAAGACAUCGAAGAGCACCUGCAGCGAGUCGGCCAUUUCGACCCGGUGACGCGCUCUCCUCUGACCCAAGAUCAGCUGAUCCCAAACCUGGCCAUGAAGGAAGUCAUCGAUGCUUUUAUUUUGGAGAACGGAUGGGUGGAGGACUACUGACCAAUGAGAGGAGAGGAAGAGUCAGAGGGUCUGUUGGAGGAUGACGUGUGUCCUGCAGCCGCCGGAGUAAAGGAGGAAUAUGUAAUAUAUGUACUGUCUUAAAUCCUAAAAGGACCACGAUGAGUCAUCAGAUAUUAAGGAAACAACCCGACAACCAUGCCAACGCCAGGGUUUUCUCCUCUGACAUUUCCAUAUUACUGUUUUUGUUUUUUUUUGCCUAUUUUUGUGAGUUUCAGGUUUUCACACGUCCUCAUUGUACAUUUAAACACAAUUUCAUGAGGUACAACGAUCAUAUGCAGGCCGCAUGAAACGGGGAGCCACCAACAAGCUGCUAAAACCAUGAUUAAACAACAAAUAACAUAGCAACCAAAAACUCAAUUUACCAUGGACACAAAGACAUUUACAGCUCUGAGUCCUCUGAAGGCCUGAUCCAUUUGGACUCCUCCACGGUCCUCCAGUCCCCCCUCAAGACCCGUCUCGGC